GCGGUUUUGACAGACCUGGAAAUGCACCAAUAGUUAGCAUGAUCCAGACAGCGCAGUAUCCGCCUUCAAGGCUGAACUGUUGAAGGAAGUAAAGUCAAUCAAACAUGAGUUUCCACUACGGCCAGGGCUAUCCAGGAGGGGGCAAUCCACCACCAAAUGCUCCAUAUGGGGGAGGCCAUGGUUCCUAUGGCCCUCCCCCCUCAGCUCCAUACGGAGGUGCUGCAGGUCCACAAGGAGGUCCUUAUGGCGGUUAUGGAGCCCCAGGUCAUGGAGGGCAAUAUGGGCCAGGACCAGGAGGUGCCCCCAGUGGGCCUUACGGUGGUUACGGGGGACAGCCGCACGGAGGACCUUAUGGGCACCAUGCUCCUGCAGGUAACAUUCCUCCCGGUGUUAACCCAGAGGCGUACCAAUGGUUCCAGACUGUCGAUGCGGACCGCAGCGGCUUCAUCAACCUGAAGGAGCUCAAGCAGGCACUUGUCAACUCCAACUGGUCUGCUUUUAAUGACGAGACCUGCCUCAUGAUGAUCAACAUGUUUGACAAGACACGCUCAGGUCGAAUAGACAUGUUUGGCUUCUCAGCACUGUGGGACUUCAUGCAGCGGUGGAGAGCGUUGUUUCAGCAGUAUGACAGAGAUCGCUCAGGUUCUAUCAGUGGCACGGAGCUACACCAAGCCCUCGCUCAGAUGGGCUACAACCUCAGCCCCCAGUUCACUGACAUGCUGGUGCAGCGUUUCACCCUGCGGGGCGGGCGGCCCGGCAUCCAGCUGGACCGCUUCAUCCAGGUGUGCACCCAGCUCCAAAGUAUGACACAGGCCUUCAGGGAAAAGGACACGACCAUGACGGGCAACAUCCGCCUCAACUAUGAGGACUUCCUCUCUGGUGCCAUCACCAGGCUCAUGUGAGCCUCAUGCCACUGACAGUCCCUCUGCACUGUGGAUACACAGCAUCAUUCCAUGUUCAGGGCUUAUUCACAUGUUGAUGUGCCAUAUUGACAUAGCUGCCUUUACGACGGUGACAUUUAGCAAGUCUAUUGUUUACUAGAACUUAGAUCCAAGAGGGCACUUGUAUAUACAUGUUUAAUUAACUGAAUGUUUACCCCAUAACCCCAGUAAGUGACCAUAUUUCUGUCAGGACUGAAUCAGUGUAAAAUAGCAGAAGCAACAGAAGGUAAUUCAUAUGCUGUGAUUUUGCUCACAUGCAGCAUUAACAUGGUCCUGUGCCACUGAAACAAUACCCUUUUAAAUUCAUGUAUAUCGAGGGUAUUUCCAAGGUACAGAAAGUAUUUCCAUGCAAUGGUUUCACAUUGUAUUGAAUAUAUAUAUAUUACAGAUAUAUGAUUAAAUCAUCAUAUUUUCUAAUGCCAGAAUUAUUCUAACCUCACAUUUAGUGGGGUGUUGAUGGUAAAGAAGAGUUUAAAAAAAGUUAAUUUUUUGCUAAGUUGCUCUCCCACAAGCCAGUAUCAAGCAUGAAUUAAAAAAAUAUAUAUAUAUGUCUCUGACCAAAACAUGAAAGAGCCAAAGCAAGAGAGCAGGGUUCUCCAUUAUGUUUGCCACUUUAACUUUAGUGAUUGUGGGGCCAGUCUUAGAUAACACACUCCAUUGAAGCAUAUAUUGUAUUCUGAAAUUGCUGAACAUGCCAAAAUGGUCCUUAAUGCCAGAAACCAAUAAAUCCUUUUGUAUCAGA